AUGUCUGGAGGGGGCGAACUGGAAAGGUUCCUGGAUAACCUGGUGUCUCCGUUGCGUGUAUUGCUUCAUGUUGCAGAGCCAUCGAGCGUAUGCGAUGCUAUAAUCAAAGAAAUUGAAUCGUUCAACAAAAAGCGGCUACUUACGGGUUGCGUUGACUCCCUCGCAGCCCGUGUUGAUAUACCUUCGGCUGACAUCUGGCGCUGUCUCAAUUCUCUCGUGCAACUACGUAAUUAUGUACGUAAUAACAAGAUCGCUGAAUCUGAUCUCAAGGACAUUUUAUCACAUGAUUCCUUCAAUGACGAGUUUAUAAAAACAGUUAUCAACUUUAUGAAUACUGAACAAUUUUGUAAACCUAUCAUGAUGAAUGCUCUGUCUAAAUACCCGCCAUUUCGAUCUCUUCAUUGCCGGUUACAAAUUACACUUAUGGGACUGAAUUUAUCUCUUAAGGUGAUUGAGUGUACUAAUCUGCAUAUGGCCUCUGGUUAG